AUGGUUUCAAGCCCGAACAAUUCUGGAAUGUGUCGUAUCCAUACAACGGCUAAAGAGGAGGAAGAACGCUCUACAGUGAACUUCAGUGUUGGUCACGUAGAGAGAGUGGAAUUAACUAAAGGAGAACGCUGGUCAGGCUACAUUCGGGGUGUUAUCGCUUUCAUGCAAAAAGCUGGUGCUCGAGUUCCAGGUUUCAACGCGGUUAUCGUCUCUAGCGUUCCAAUCGGUGUUGGACUUUCAAGCUCGGCGUCUCUGGAGGUCGCCACUCUGCUGACUUGUCAAAAACUAGCUGACUCUGAUUCCCUUUCGGUGCAAGACGCCGCACUGAUCUGCCAGAAGGCUGAAUGCGAAUGGGUCCAUGCACCAUGUGGUCUGAUGGAUCAACUUGCCUCUCUCGGAGGUGUUGCCGGUCAUGCUCUCUUCAUCGAUUGCAACACAAACGACAUAGAACCAAUUACAACCAACUUUGACGGCGUGGCCAAAGUAAUUAUAGUCAAUAGUGGAGUCCAUCACCGUAUUGCUGCGGGUCAGUAUCGAAUUCGUCGAAAUGAAUGCGACGAACUCUGUACAUUCUUCGAUGUGAAGAGUCUUCGUGAUCUUCAGAUAAAAAUUUCGAAACUGGAGGACCUUUGUAAAGAGGCCACUGAUAGCCUGAGUAAAACUCAUGCUAAUAGGCUUCACCAUGUACUGACUGAAAACCAACGCGUUGUCGAUGCUCGUACUGCUAUGCAGACGAUGAAUUUAACGGAGCUGGGUCAACUCAUGCGUGAAAGUCAUGAGUCUCUGAAGAAGGACUACGAGGUUUCAUGCAAGGAGGUGGAUGAAUUGGUAGAUAUUGCGAUGAGUGUUGAGGGUGUCUACGGAGCUCGAAUGACAGGUGGGGGAUUUGGUGGAGCGGUAGUGGUACUUGCCAAGCCUGAUGCUGUCAAACACGUCAUAGACGCUAUUGAUAACAAGUAUUCGUGCAAAGCCGGGAUCUGGGUUGUGGAUGCCAGUUUAGGAGCUAGGAUUCUGCCAAGGCAGAAGGAAAGAACGAAAUCUAUGUCGAAAUAUGACUGA